AGUAGGCCGGAUCCCCCUAUAUUGGACUAGUCUAGCGCACUCUUUCAUGCUUAAAAAGUUGGAGAAAAGGAAAAAUGAAAAAAAAGCGAUCCGCGCCACUUGUGGGAUUACACUUGGUUUUGUCGUCGUCGUUGUUGUUGUUGCGAUCAAGGAAAUUAAAGAAAGAAGUUGACGCCAAUGCGUUGUUCAAUUGGUUCUUUACACCCUUUGACAUUCCAAUCUGUUUAGAUAGACACCAUUAAAAUUUUAAGGUGCAACCAGCCAAAAAAGCUCCAUGAUUGAGAAGAAGAGAGUUCAAAUUCUUGUCUUUCUAGCUAGCAUGAUCACUCUUAGCAUGACCGCUGGAAAAUGUCGCGACUUGGUCGGUCAAGAGGCUGCAUCUAAGAGUGGCCAAUUUAGAUGGUGGAACUGUUUUGAUGGGGGUUCAGGAACCAUAGGUUGUGCCGUCAAGGAAGGUGUGAAGUUGUAUUUCUAUAACAGCAGAUCCUCUCAUGUGGAUAGAGUAAAGAAUUUAGCAAUUAAGACUGCUUUGAGUGAUGCGAUAUCACAAGGCCUAACGACAAAAGAUGCAACUAAACUAGCUCAGAAAGAAGGAGAAAAAGCAGCAAAGACAGCUGUCGGGGAAACCAAGCGUGUUAUUGGUCCUACUAUUUCUGCAGGAUGGGAUUUUUUUGAAGCACUUUAUUUUGGGGGUACAUCAGUUGAGGGAUUCCUUAGGAGUUUAGGUACUUUGUUGGGCACCCAUUGGGUUGGCUAUCUUGGUGAACACAACUUAGGCAGGUUUGGUUAUAUGGUUGGAAGUCAGUUGGGCAGUUGGGUAGGAGGAACAAUAGGCUUGAUGGUAUAUGAUUUGGUAAAUGGAGUGGAGUAUAUGCUCGAGCUUCUCCAUAUAAAAGAAACUGAAGUUAAUGAGUAGGUUUCAAAGCUUCUGAAGAUGCCAGUAAUUAAGUCAUGAGGCACCUGCUUAUGAGCCAUGUUGCUCAGACUCUCCAAAAGUGUUGCCACAUCUACGUCGGAUUCUUCAAAAAUACACUAUUUUUGGAAUAUCAGACAUGCACCCAACGAUAUUUUUGAAGAGUCUGAGCAACAUAGCUUAUGAGAGCCCUCAAAUACAUUGAUAUCUCAGAUUAAGUGAAUUUCAAGUGUCUUGCGAAUAUUAAUUUUUUUUUUCUAGAAUUAGAGAUCAGCCAUACAAUUGCCUUGUUUUCUCACUAUUUGCACGUUAUUUAGAAAUAUAUACUCCCUGUGUCCCAAGUUAACUUUCACUUUAACUCAAAAAACAAAAAAAGUUCUAAAAUAAUUCUCACUUUAGAAGUUCAAGAUUUAAGUUGACAAUUACUUUCAAAAUAUACCUUUAAUAUUAAAAAGAAUGCAUGGUGUUUAAGAGGACACAAUCAAUUUACUUAUAUUAAAGAUGAAAUACAUAUAGAGACACUUAAAUUUGUCACCAACAGCCACUUAAGCACCUUAACAAUCCAAGCGACCAAAUAGUUCUAGUCUACAUAA